AUGAUGGCAUUGGGUUUGGUCUUAGCGCUGAGCCUCACCCAUUUGGUGCACUCGAAGCCAUCAACGAUCGCCUAUUGCAAUCGCCUCAAGCAGAUAUACCAAGAAAUUCCGCCUACGAUAGAAUUCGUCACAAGUGAAAUGUGCUCUAGUCCUCUGAAUGGAAUGCAAUGUGAGCUGAUGGGAAAAUUGUCCCUUGAGUAUACACGAGAAAAAAUUAUGGAGCUCAGAUUAAAGAGCAGUUGCCUCGGUCCACAGAAUAGUUACGAAUCCGCUACAGAUGAUGAGCAGUGUGCUAUACUGGAACAAAUUCCUCAACAAUCUGUCAAGUUAGCGACGAAAAUCUUCUCCAAAACUCCAGAAAAACGGUUAGCUCAGAAGUUUGGCGCCAUUGUAUCGAAGGCUCUGUUCUCUUUAACGAAUACUGCAUUUCUGGAUCUCGGAUGCAAUGAAUCCACAUAG